CUGAAAUGCCGGUCAGAAACGGAAGCUUCAAAAGAGAAGUAAACAAUCAUUUCAUGUUUCAUUUUCAUAAACCACCCACUAUUAACAAAUGUAUAAACUGCUACCUUCUAAUUUUUAUAGAAAUUGCCGUUUCAUUUUUUGUUGUCUUUUGUGUGGUCUGUACAAUCGCCGAGCCGCCUGUGAUCGCGGUAGACUAGAACGACGAGUAAGCGAGGCCCGACCGGCGGAUGAAGUGGAUCACCGGAGCGCGACGAAAAGUAAUUUGUACAAAAAACAGAAUUCAGUUCAUUGCGAAUGCCGUGUUGUUCGUGAUGUUUUGUCUGACCGCACAAUAUAUCGGUGGUCAUUGUUGCUAGACGUUUUUUAUAAAUGUAUGCCCUCUAAUGCGCCGGUAAUGUUCCGCGUGCUUCUGCUAAGACUUUCUGUUUUUUGAAAAGUUACUUGAUUAGUUGCUAAUUGCGCACCAUGCGCUUGUAGUGUUGUUUAUUUCUACAUGGUUUAUAUUUCACAUAAAAAGUGGCUUCGUUACACGACAUGGGAGUUUUUAAGUGGUUGCGCCGGGAGCGCGUGACGGUGAGCACGCACCGCUCGGGCAGCCCCGAGCCGCCGCCGCCGCCGCCCUCGCGCGACGACGUCGGCACCAUCCGCACCGACGAGUACAAGCGCGACCUCGCCGAGUUCCAGGCGCGCCGCGCCUCCGCCGAGUUCCAGGCGCGCCGCGCCUCCGCCCACCAGCUGCCCGACACGCCCGAGAAGCGCUGCGGCCGCCACUCCCUGCCCAUCUCCUGCACCGACUGCGCCGACCCCGACACCACCUUCAACUAUGAAAAGCAAUCCGCCGUCAAGUACAAAAAGAAAACUCAAAAGCGAGCGCGCAGCGCCAACCCGGAUGGCUCUGUCCCUAACAUACAAUUCCUCUUCCAAAAUCAGGUCUUCAUGCCCGGUACGUUAUCAUAUUCGGAACCUAAUAGGAGGCGACAUUCGCGCAGGGCACAGACACACAGGCAGGAAACCUUUACCCAAAAGCACAUAGAUUUUAAAGAGGACGAGCCUCAGGUUCAGUCGCCUCCUUUCUUCUAUAAGAAUAACUCGUUACCUUAUGACAUAAAAACCUUUCUAGACACUAAAAGCGAUGCCGAGGAAGUAGACGGGAUGAGAGCCACGGAGGAUAUUAACGUUUCUAGUCAUAGCUCUUCGGCGAGUACAGAGAGCCGCAGCAAAGACAAUCUUUGGGAGGUGAUGAGCGAGCUGAAGAACUUCGAUCGUUGGGCCGACGAGCAGCUGCAAGUUCAGUCUGCGAACCAGAGUAAAACCGACGACAGUAAGAGCGAGACAAGCACGUACGGGCUAUCCCUAGCCAGCGCGAGCAACCUAGACGUGAACGUGGACAAAGCGCGGGUCUGGAGCCUCGGCAAGUGGGGAGUGGUGCCCGUGCAGAUUAAGACGCUGCCCGUCUCUGUCGAGCACGCUAGGAAGAAACGGAACACAGAGAUUAACAUAUUGAGAAAAUGUCGCCACCCCAACAUAAUCCUAUUGAUGGGACUAUAUCCUGAUGUCCAUAACAACGUGAAUAUAAUCUGCGAACGAUGUGUGGAUACCCUACACGACAUACUCCACGAUGGACAGGGCCGAAUCCUCAGCGCUCAGACUUCAGUCCAAUACGCGUUGGACAUCGCAAACGCGCUGGUCUUCCUUCGCAUGCAAGGGUACCUCCACACGGCUCUCAGCAGCAAAAGCAUCAUGAUCACACGGCAAGACUCCGCCAAGCUGGCAGACUUGGGGCCUUGUAUGAAGCUCCCUAAGGAAAGUAAGAAGGACAAAAUCGGAUACGACAUGUAUUCGCCAGAACCGCAGUACGUCAAUAUUGAGGAAACCAGUCACAACAACCAAGAAAGCGAGCCUCUAAUAUCCCAGCACGCAUCCGAAACGUACAUGAGGGGAAACGCAGUUGCGAAGGCAUACAAAAUGUAUGAGGGAUCGGAAACGUAUCAUUGGCAUGCGCCGGAGCUGUUUGAGCCUGAUGAGGAAGGGAAUGUACAUCCUUGCAACAAGAGCGACGUGUAUUCCCUGUGUUUGAUACUGUGGGAGAGCUGUAAUGCUAAAAUUCCAUGGAACACACUAACCUACGAGAAGUUAAAGGAGCAGUACACACUGUGGAAAGCCGGCAUGCCGUUGCCGCAAGACGGGACGUAUCCGGGCAGCCUCCUGGCGUUGCUGCAAGACGGACUGAGACUUGAGCGAUCCGAGCGCGUAGACCUUGAGAAGUUGCAGAAUAUAUUGCAAACGGUCAAGAACGACAUUGACAAGAUGGACUACAUAGUUAUCCCCGCGCGCAUAUCAAAGAAGAAAUCCAACUUCAGUAGCGUCGCGUGGGACUCGUCUCCCACAGACUCUGAAUGCUUGAGUCCUGUUCAACGCAACAUCCAGCUUCAAGCCGACAUCCACAAUAAAGAUAGUUCUACUGACAGUGAAAAAGACUACAGCAAAAGCGAGAGUCCCGUUUACGAGAGCGUAGAAAAGAGGUCGUUUGCCACAUCUGAUGUGCCACAAAAAUGUUACAUAUCAGACGGCGAAGAGCGCCCCAUUCUUAAAUAUGAACAUCUACCAGAGAAAGAUUACUCCAGCGCCUGCUCCACUCCUAUAGCAAAGAUACGGGCGCGGAUGAAAGACAUCGGCACGCCCAACAAGUUACACAGGAGCGACUCCACAGAAUACUGUAGCAUCUACAGUCCCAAUAACCGUACACGCAACUUUACCAUCACAGACGACAGCGUCAAAGACCAAAGUGGCCUAGAGAGACCCGCGGCAAAACUGAGCAGAAGCUUCACCCCUAAAUCUUACAAACCACUCCACAUUAAAGUCCCUGAGUACAAUCUAGACUGUCUCAAGUCAUUACCGAAGGAUAAGGUCAGUGGGCGGUCGUCGUACAAUUUUGAUAUUAAAAAUUAUAGCUUGCCCACGACGCCUAUAGCACGUAGUAAUAAAUUAAGAAAAAAUGCCUGGUUGUCUGGAGAGUUGAGCGUCUGUGACAAGAAUGUUGAAGUUUUAAGACAAGCUAUUAGUAAAUUAUCUAAUAACAAAGCUAAUGAUACCAAAGAUCUAUCAGAAGUAGCCAAUAACCAUUCAGCUGAGAAUAUCAAUGUGACCCCAACUAAUCGUUCCUCGGAGAACGGUUCCAAGGAGCAGUCUCCUGAAGCUGAUACUGACAGUUAUAUGGGACUUAAGAGAGUUGACCUCCCAGAAUCACCCAUAACUCCAGACACAAAUAGAGACCAUACCAAUUCUUGGUCGUACAAAACGCAAAACUCCGAAGCAACCAUCAAAGGAAGGUACAAAAUCGAAGAGGAUAUACUUGCCAACGUCAAUGUUAAACCGUUGGUCGCCAUACAUGAGAAGUGGAUCUUCGAAGCUAAUAGGAAAACAGGACGUUCUAUGUCUUUGCCAGAGAAUAAUCGAAAUCCGAUAGCCGCUCUCAAACCAGCCUCACACUGCGUAGACACAUUGCAGCAGUCAUUGCCACAGCUGAACUCCAAACGGCCCGGUUCCCGCUGUUUCAAAUCUUCAUCAGAAAACGAAGUUCAGUGGAGCCAAUUUUGCCAGGCACGAGACAACAUAGCCAAGAAGAUGAACUUUACUGCAAGAGACCCGGAUCGCCAUCAUAGCUGGCGAAAAGAUAUUGAUAAAAGUACAACAACCACUGAAGAAAUGCGGCGAAGCGAGCCCAUGAUAGACCGAGCCACCGACACGCACGGCAUCGAAGACUUCAUCCGAGAACUAAUACGCAAGGAGCUGCAACACAUCUUCAUAGAAAUGCAGGACGACGCCUCCACCGCCUCGGCCAAAACCGACGAAAUACUAGACAAAGGCGUCGCCAACAUCCUAGAACAUCUGAAAACAAAUGAAGAUGACACUAAAAAAGACUCUUUUAAGUCUUUUUCGAGGGUUAAAAUCAAUGGCAAUAACAAGCCGUUGCUUCAAAUAACGUUUAAUCGUUGCGGGGAGAAUAGUCUGCAGGUUUUGGACAACUGCGUGAACGUGACGAUUUGCGACAGCCCGCAGAAGGACAAGAACCAGUCGCUGGAGGAGGCCGUGGAUGAUGUCCAGGUGCACUCGCUGAAGAGGUGCCAGGCUUUCAACGCUUUACAGGAAGCCCGCAGCACCGAGGACCUGUACAUAGACGACGAGCUCUCAACCCAGAUGGGCGACUCCUUCGGCAGGAUGCGGCUGAUCCCGCUACACGGGUCACUGCACGAGAUCCUGUGCGAGAAGGCCGACGACUGCUGCCUCAUCAAGGUCAAGCAGGAGAACGGCUGCGACACCAUCUACUUCAGAUGUGACCACUCCGACACCGAGUCCAGAGACGCUAUCGAUGGCGUCCAAGACAUACCGCAAGACACCGUCGUCUUCAAACGGAGCAUCUCCCUCGUCGAGGAGAGGAUCCAGCGCAUCUUCCCCGGCGACCGGCGCAGCGCCGCCAGCCCCGUCGUGGCGCGCAAGCAACGCCGCGACGCCGUCAACAAGGCCCGACCCAAGUCAGAGGUACUCAUCCAGCAAGCGAAAGACGACAAAAAGUGCCUAAGCAACAGCAGCCCUUCGCUUCCCGUCAAAGAUGACGCCGUGGAACUCAACAUAGAGAACGUGUUAGCUUACCAGGACUCCUCGGAUGAGGAGUGCUUGAAGUGUCAAGCGGAUGACGAUUUUGAGUACCUCGAGCGAAAAAUCGAGGAGGAUUUAGCCAACAGUAACAUGAGCAACCUUUCUUCUUUGUGCGGUUGUUUGGAGAAGAUCUCUGAAGAGAAUCUGUCCGCGGUGAACGAGGACUCCACGGACAAGGAGUCUUCGCCAGACCCCGGGACAGACUCCUAAUAUACACAUAGGUACGAACAAAGGUCCGCCUUUACUAUUUUCGCCUGUCUACACAUUUGAAUACUGUGUUAGCACAUAAAUAAUACUGUAGAUAGUUAUUUGAAUCUCGAGAACGUUAAAUUAGACUGAUACUGACAAAAGCGUUGAUUCGCGCGUUCUUGAUUUUUUUGUUUAUUGACUAAAUAGAUUUAUCUACGCCUUGAAAGUUUUUUCAUGUAUAAAAUGUAUUUUACUUCUCGUGCCGCCGACUGCUGUGAAUGUCAUUCAUAGUUCAUAACAUUCAUAAUCUAGCAGAGAGAACUCAUUUACCAAAAGUACAAUGGCACAGUAUUUAUCUAACGUGGUACAAAAUACAAGUAAUUAUUUUACUUAAAUAAAAUAGAGUGCAAGUAACGUUAAUCAUAGCAUAAUAAUAUUUAUUAACACUAAUUAUGUCCUAAUAACUAAUUAUUGUUUUACGAUAAAAUUAUAAUUUCUAACUCUUUUCCAUUAUGAUGUCUGCAUAAAUAUUUUCAUUGAAGGUACGUGUUACAUGUUUGAAUGAAUAUAUUUAUUAUGGCAUGUUUCUCAGUUCUACGUAUACUUUUGAAAUAUUUAAAUCAAUAAUCAUUUAAUAAAUUAUACGUUUAUGUUUUCAAUUACCAAAUUGAUCGAGUAUCGGAUUCGAAUUAUUUUUAAAGUUUAUGCGUCGUCUGGUGAUCGUUAGGGUCGUUCAUCGCCAAAACUCUUUUAGGAUUAGUCAUAGUCCAUGUCGUAAACUCUUAUCAUUUCAUGAAUCGGGGGCAGACAUGAGUCAAAACUGGACUUCAAACGCUAGCAAGAAUUCAAUCGUUAAAACUUUUACAGUCAUUUCUUGUAAGUGCGUUUAGAUAUUUUUGUGACGCAGAAUGAUCUGGCCAGGCUGUAGAUGUGGUCCGCCGAUUUAUGAAAUUCCACACUGAUACUCGAUGCGACGAGAUCUUUUUCUUUUUGAGAACGACCCUCACAAUUGCCUACACGACUGCGAAGCGAAUAGGUCUUAGUCAUAUUUUCGAGCUCUAUGUUUUUGCCUGUGUUAUGAAAACAUACUGUUUUUACAUUUGCAUCUUCAGCUACGUCAGCAUUUUAUAGUAUAAGUUUAUUUUGAAUAGUUUUGUAAAGCAAGGCUAUGUGAUUUUUAGAUUAAGUGGCACGGUACAUUCCACUGUUGUGAUUUUUAGAUUAGUCUAAAGUUAACCUUUUGAAGGUACAUUUAUUUAGAUUUCAUUGUAUUUUACUUCCCUUUUUAACAGUGUUUCUCACUAAUUUUAGAUACUGCAUCUUAUGAAUCUACCAGUUUCUAUAGAGAUCUGAGAGGGCCAAAGGUUUUAUAUCUAUUCUUACUUAUUCUAUGUAUAUUGUUACACUACUAAGAAGUUUUAUCAUAGUUCUUAUAAUAGGUUGAUUUUACAAAAGUUUAGGAUACUUUAAAAGUUUCUAUUUUAUAUAAAUAAAUUGUUAAAAUAAUAAAAACGUGAGAUUUUA